UGGAAGAAAUUGGAGGGUUCUAUUUAUUGUGACAAUAGUUUCUAGAAUGUGUUGGUGGUCUCAUACAAAAUAAUGAAGAGUCUUUUCAUCACAGCUUUAUUAAUACAUUGUCUUCAGCUAUGUCUGGUGGAGGCAAUAUAUUAUGAAGACAAAAUAAAGCUGAGAUUAUACAGGGAAGGAUAUUCAGUUUUUGAAACAGCCCGUAUCUCUGAAGGAGAAACGCUGUUUCAAGAAAGCAAAGGAUUCAAUCAAACGCUACCUUUGGUACUUAUAAUCCAUGGGAUGGACCAUGGAGCUGACUGUUAUGCUGUAAACGGAAUCAUUCGGGCAUUCAACAAAAGAAAGCUAACCAACAAGUACAACAUCUUUGCCGUGGAUAUGCCAGAACUCUUUGAGAACAGUUUUAGAAAUCAAUUCUACUUUGGAAUCCUCGCUAAUGUUCAGCCUGCUGGAGACGCGAUCGGUGAAAUGUUCAGUAGAGCCGUCCAACAACAGCUGGUGAAGCCUGAAAACAUCAAUAUCAUUGGGUACAGCAUAGGGGCACAGGUGGCGGGCUAUGCAGCGCGAGUGGUCAAAGAAACGGUCGGGGAAAUCAACUUCAUAGCUGGUUUGGACCCAGCAGGUCCAGGGUUUCACGCUAAGUGGAAAGGUCAUCCAGCUCUGAUGCAUGUAUCUGCCUCGGACGCUCGCAUCGCUCACUUCUACCAUACCAACUCCAUCUCUUGUGGAACCAGGAACAGGGUAGGCACAGCGGACUUUGUCUAUAACAAGGGAACCAUCCAACCGGGAUGCACUAAGGAUAAAGGUUUGGACUGCAGUCAUACUCGAGUUCCGAAGUUGUACAUAGAAUCUGUCUACAGACCUCACAAGUUUGUUGCCAGAAAGUGUCCGAACUGGAAAGAGUUCAGUAGAUGUGCUUGCAACAAGCAUGAAACUGUUGCGAUCACCUUCCCUCCAAAUGAAAGUGCAAAAGGAAUAUAUUAUCUGCGCACAAAAGCUCAAAGUCCUUUCGCUCUGAAGAAGAAAGGAGCUCGAUGUCCAAAAAUCGUGCAAAAACAUAAGAAAAAGUUACCGAAAAAACAUAAAGUUACAGUCGCGAGUGAGAUAAAACCGUCAAAAGACUACAUCCUCACUAAGUACAACAAGAAGAAGAGUUUCAUAACAAACUUGAUAGAAGGAAUACAGAAAAUCGUAGACGCAGAAAUGGGCGAAGAGACUUCAGAAGUGGUGGUAGAUGAAAGUGAAGAACCUAAAGAAAAGAAAGAAGAUUCAAAAUAUCUUGAAACGAAGCAAAUCCAGAAAAUUGCAGACACAGAAAUGGCCGAAGAACCCUCAGAAGUAGUAGAAGUAGAUGGAAAUGGAAAACCUGAUGGAUUAAAUGUACAAACGAAAGAAGAUUCGAAAUAUCCUGAAACAAAGCAAAUACAGAAAAUUGCAGACUCAGAAACGGGCAAAGAACCAUCAGAAGUGGUAGAAGUAGAUGGCAAUGAAAAACCUGAUGGAUUAAAUGUACAAAAGAAAGAAGAUUCAAAAUAUGCUGAAACAAAGCAAAUACAGAAAAUUGCAGACUCAGAAACGGGCAAAGAACCAUCAGAAGUGGUAGAAGUAGAUGACAAUGAAAAACCUGAUGGAUUGAAUGUACAAAAGCAAGAAGAUUCUAAAUAUCCUGAAACAAAGCAAAUACUGUGAUGAAGAAAAUUAAACUUCACUAGACAAGGAUAAUAUUUCACUCGUUUUUCCACCGCUUUAUUUUUAUUGAUGAUAGAAUUAAUUCCUUUAAUAUACAGGGUCAUAAAAAAUCUGGGAGCGGCUUUUUAGCUGAUGAAUAAUUCCAGAUAGUGCAGCAAAUCGUUGCAAAUCGAUACAUAAAAUAUAGUUUUUGAAGGAAUUAUGAACUAUUUAAUUACUAUGAGUUUGUUUUAUCAUACUGGAAACGGUCCACAAAG